AUGCACAUCCCGGACAGACACGGUGCCGUUGAGCAAGCGGCGGAGAAGUGUCACUUUUCCCUUACGAAGCAAGAAAGAUCUUGUGUUAUUCUCCUCGACGUGGAGCGUGAGAUCGAGUGGUCUUUCGGCAAGAGCGGAAAGCCAGUGACAAAGUCGAUUGCGAAUAUAUCCCACCAGUCCGCUGUCAUUCUUUACCAACGAGGUAUUGAAAUCGAUCCCGCCUGCAAGCAAUGUUCGGAGUCUGGCACGUUUCGGAAGUGCAUCGUCUCCCCCAAGUACAGUUCGGAUGGUACUGCCCGUGCGUUGUUCCAAGGUGCUUGUGCCAAUUGCUUGUGGCACGGCAAGGGCGCCAAGUGCAAAUACUACCUGGGUCGUGAUAGGCAGUGGAACUCCCAUGACGACGUCAUGAUUCUGCAGGCUGGCGGUUUGUUGAAGCUCUGGAACAACGGACCUGCUCUGAAAGACCUCCCUCCGAGCAAUGAAAGUGCUAAAGUCCCCUCCAAACAGCAGUCAGUCGCUUCGAGUCGUACUCAAACGCCCACUGCGAACAAAGCUGCUGUUGAAGUUCCUUCGGCCAGCAAGGCCUGGACUCCAAGUUCUGUCGAAGCUAGCGCAAGUCGCCCUGUCAGUCGUCGUCCUUCCGCCGCUACCGUCGACAAGGGUAGGGGCCCAUUUCUCAAACGACUUCGCCCGUCGUCUUCUGCUGGUUUGACUCCUUCUAAGAAGCGUCGGCGCAAUCCUCUUGACGGUACUGCUCUCCAGUGGCCUGUUAGCAUCGAUGACUUCGAGGAUCUCGAUCGCCUUCGUCUCAUCCGUUCCGACCUCGCCCGUUUCGGAAAGAUAAUCGACUAUAAGAUCGCCUCCUUGGAGGCUCUGCUUGCAGAGGCCGUGGAAGAGGAGGACGAGGACGAAGACCAAAAGGAGACGGCGUACUGGGAUCAGGUGCUUUUGGAUCUUGACGAUUAG